AACCCUCCACGGUUUACGAUGGUCUGUGGAGGUUCCAGCGAUCUGACACCGAGCGUGCCUAUCAAGAUCAUUUCGGCUGGGCUCGCUGGCUGCGUGGCGGACCUGGUUACCUUCCCGCUGGAUACCACCAAAGUCAGACUGCAGAUUCAAGGGGAAUCCAAACCUUUGGUGAAGGGUCAGAGGGCCACAUAUAGAGGCGUGUUUGGCACCAUCUUCACCAUCGUGAGAACCGAGGGGCCCAGGAGCCUCUACAAUGGACUGGUGGCGGGUCUCCACCGACAGAUGAGCUUUGCAUCGGUCAGAGUGGGUCUGUACGACAGCAUGAAAGACUUCUACAGCAGGGGCUCGGAGAGCGCCGGCAUCGGGUCCCGGCUUCUGGCAGGCUGCACCACAGGGGGCAUGGCAGUUGCCGUGGCCCAACCCACCGAUGUGGUGAAAGUCCGGUUCCAGGCGCAAAUCCGCCUGCCUCAGGGCGGCUCAGUGAAGAGAUAUAGCAGCACCAUGGACGCCUACAAGACAAUAGCCAGGGACGAGGGGGUCCGAGGGCUGUGGAAAGGUUGUCUGCCGAAUAUAACUCGCAACGCCAUUGUCAACUGCUGCGAGAUGGUGACCUAUGACAUCAUCAAAGAGCGUAUCCUGCAAUACAAGCUGAUGACAGACAAUAUGCCAUGCCACUUUACAGCAGCCUUCGCCGCAGGGUUCUGCACCACCAUUGUGGCAUCCCCGGUCGACGUAAUCAAAACGCGCUACAUGAACUCUGUGCCGGGCCAGUACAGCGGCGCCAUCAACUGUGCCUUCACCAUGCUGGUCAAAGAGGGGCCCUCAGCUUUCUAUAAAGGAUUCAUGGCUUCGUUUCUACGCUUGGGCUCAUGGAACAUCGUUAUGUUUAUGAGCUAUGAGCAGAUUAAAAGAGGUGCGGUAAGGCUGCAGCAGUCCUUGGAGUCGUCACAGUAACAUGUCCAACAAGUUGUCACUUUGUCCUUUUGGGCAAAUGCUGUCAAAUUAGCCUGCACUCGUAUUUUCCUAAAGGCUGACAGCUGUCUAAAGGGAUGCCAACACAGUAGUGUUUUGCAAUUAUCAUGAGAUGCUGACUGUUGAGUAAAAUGUAUUUUGAGGUGGUGCAAACUUGAAUAAUUGUGGUCAUUCUGUAAGGCCAUUGUUGACAACAAUGCAAUUCAUAAUAAUGUGAAUACAGUUUGAAGUCUAUCAUGGAAUGACUGUGGACAAUUGUAUGGACAGUUUCAUCAACAUCUCAGGAAAUAUUGCUACUUCUUUUUUUUUUCUUGUGAAGUAAUGUGCUCUAAUUAACAGCAUAUUUAUUGGCCUUAAUCAUUUGCAUGAUAUUUAAACAUCUUUAUUAUGUAUGACACGUGCUGAAAAGUGCUGUACAAAUAAAACCUCCCUGACCUGGA